AUGGCGGACGGCGUGGGCAAGUUCGAGCAGUUUGUCAAAUUUGGGACCGAUGCUUAUGGUCUCGAACGCCUCCUCCGCCUCCUCCAAGCCCUCGUCACAAUCCUGCUCUUCACCCCACCCACCACCACCACCAUCACCGCUCUCCUGCCCCCCUCUCUCCUCCCCCUCCUCACCCCCACAAGGAAUCACGCCCCUUCAGCAAACGCUUUGCCUCUCUCCAGGGAAGCAAAACCGGUGUUAUCCGCUACCUUGACUCCCACGCCUACUCAUUGGCCCGCCCUCUCCACCCUGGAGGUCACGCCUCCAGGCAUCAUCCACUACCUCCACUAA